AUGGGGACUAUUUUGAGCUUGAACCAUUCCAGGACUAGAGGGAAUGAACCUUAUGAGGUUUUACAGAGUGCACCAUGCAAGAGGCCAAGGUUGUCUUCAAGCUUUUAUGAGAAAAACCCGAGAUUGAUUCCCUGCCUUCCUGACGAGAUAUCUAUUCAGAUUCUUUCCAGAAUACCUAGGAUCCACUAUUUGAAAUUGAAGUCGGUGUCACGGACCUGGAAAGCCACUAUUUUGAGUGCUGAACUUUUCUCUUUGAGAAAAGAGAUGGGAACAACAGAGGAAUGGCUUUAUAUAUUAACAAAGGUCGCAAAUGAUAAACUCAUAUGGUAUGCUCUUGAUCCUCUGGCCGGAAGAUGGCAAAGGUUGCCACCAAUGCCAAAUGUUUCUCGUGAAGAUGAAUCUAGGAAGGGUUUAGCUGCCCUUAGAAUGUGGAAUAUGGCAGGCUCAAGUAUCAGGAUUGCAGAUGUCAUCAUGGGUUGGCUUGGGAGGAAGGAUGCAAUAGAUCGAAUGCCAUUUUGUGGUUGCUCUGUUGGGGCUGUUGAUGGCUGCCUCUAUGUGCUAGGGGGAUUUUCCAAGGCUUCUGCCCUGAGAUGUGCAUGGCGAUAUAACCCAGUUACAAACUCUUGGAGUGAAUCAAGUCCAAUGUCAAUUGGUAGAGCUUAUUGCAAGACAGGCAUCUUAGAUGAUAAGCUUUAUGCUGUUGGAGGGGUUACUAGGGGUCAUGGUGGAUUGACCCCUCUUCAAUCAGCUGAAGUAUUUGAUCCAAAAACAGGUGUGUGGUCCCAAAUACCUAGCAUGCCCUUUACGAAAGCUCAGGUGUUACCGACUGCAUUUUUGGCUGAUCUGCUCAAGCCUAUUGCUACUGGAAUGACUUCAUACAGGGGAAGGUUGUUUGUUCCACAGAGUUUAUACUGCUGGCCCUUUUUUGUUGAUGUUGGAGGAGAGGUUUAUGAUCCAGAGGCGAAUUCAUGGGUUGAAAUGCCAAUUGGCUUGGGGGAGGGUUGGCCGGCAAGACAGGCAGGGACGAAAAUGAGUGCCACCGUUGAUGGUGAAUUGUAUGCACUGGAUCCUUCUAGUUCUCCUGAUAAUGCGAAGAUCAAGGUAUACGAUUACCUAGCUGAUGAUUGGAAAGUUGUUGCAGAAGAUAUUCCAGUUCCUGACUUCACUGAAUCAGAGUCUCCCUAUUUGCUUGCUGGAUUCCUUGGGAAGCUUCAUGUGAUCACAAAGGAUGCCAAUCGAAAUAUUGCUGUUUUGCAGGUGUAUGUGCAGAACCAUGUUGCUUCCAUCUCAGAAGCUUCAUCCUCAUCACUCGUUGACCCCAUUGAACAUGCUGAACGACCAACAGAAUCAGAACUAGAUCUUUGGAAGGUAAUUGCCACAAGGAGUGCACCGGCGGCUGAACUGGUUAGCUGUCUGGUCCUUGAUAUUUGA